AUGGUUAUUACUGGGACAAACUCCGAAAUGUGCUUUCAGUUGGAACGUCUUUUCCUUCAAUUGGCUUUAAUCAACGAUGAUUCAAAAUUGGAAACAUUUACUCAUAAACACUUAUUGGAUAUCAUAGAAUGCACUUCUACAGGCGAUGUUGAAGUUCGAAAUAAAGGAAUGGAAGUGUUAAUACAUUUAAAUCGUCGAAUUAAAAGCAAUUUAAUGAUAAUGUUACCGUUGAAGGAUAUCUUACAUUAUGUAUUAUCCUCAACACAAGGGAACUUCUUAGGAACGAAUUUCGCAAUUGUUUACCUUAAAAUAGCAUUGGAUCGUGUGGACACUAAAGAACACAUUGCUCUUCUUCCAAAUCUUUUGGAUGGUUUGCUGAAAUACAUAAACGAGAGGAAGAUAUUUGACCAGCUUAUUGUUUUAACAGCGCGUGCUUGGAUAUAUAUCGCUGAUCUAAACCAGCAAAUAUGGCCGUCACUAGAACCAUUAAAAAAUAAAAUAAUUAGGUCGGAAAUACUGAAAUUUUUUUCGGACAUACUAUAUUUUCCGAACUCAAGUAACGAAAAUAGAAAUGUAGCCAUUAUGUUGGAUAACUUUUGUGAUCAUGCAUGUAUGUCAAAAAAUGGAUUUCUGCGAAUUGCUAAAAAUGUUUUAAAUGAUCCAAAAGUUAGUAUUACUGCGUUAAAGCUAUCUGUAAUAAAGGUGUUGUCAUCAAUGGUUUUUGUUGAAGCCGAGAUCUUACCAUUAUUGGUUGGAGCUAUUGCGCUUGGCCCUGGCGAAGUUGAAUUAGCUGGCGAUGUUGCUAUCAAAAAAAUUGAUUUGGAAAAAGUCCUAACAAACAAGGACACAGUGAACAGUUUGUUCAAUUUAUAUCUCGGUUUGUCGCAUCAGAAGCUGGAAGAAAGCGACAAAGUUCUGCCGGCUACGAUUCUCAUUAAGUUGAAGCUAAUGCCUCUAUUAAUGAAAUCUCCUGUUGCGGUCCAAACUUUCCCACAUAAUAUUAGAGUGGCAUUUGAUGGCUUAUUCAGGAAAGACGAUUUUGUUCAAAAUAAACCUAUCAAAUUGCAACAAAUAAGCAUCGACUUUUUGUUGCUUAUUGUGAAAAAUUUCCCUACGAAUGCUUUGCCAACGUUUGGCCCCAUUAUAUUUUCUUCGAUAAGAAAGCUAAUUAAACAGAAUGAGUUCUCAGGUAUUGUUGCUAUAGCCUAUCAGUGUUUUGGUAUUAUUGGUUGUAAAGUCCCACAAUUGGUCGUAAAUGAUAUGGCUUUGUUGCAGGAAACGUUUGAUGCCAUUCCAUUGGCGCCAGUAGAAGUAUCUUCUGCAAUAGCAGAUUGUUUACUAAAUUGGUUACCUGUUUUCUGUGCGGUUAACGAUGUUGUCUUAAACGGUAUUUUGGAAGCACUCAUUUCUUCAUAUAUUGUUCACGAAUCACCGAAAUGCCGUCUUGUUGCCUUAAAGUUUGUUGAAACAUUGGUGAAAACACCAUCGUUGGAAUUCCGCUGGAUGCUUUGUCGAACUUGCGAAGAUCCGAGAGAUGAAAUGAGACGCGAAGCUGUGCGUCUACUGGAUUUAUCAGUUGCAGAUCCUACGACGACACCCGAUUUUAAAGAUUUGGUUGAAUUUUUUCACCGAAAAUUGAAUUUGCAAGGUGCUGUUGGAGGAGUAGGCUUUGCAACUGCUGAAGCGAAGAAGAAGAAAGGAACUUUUGCUGACGAAGUGUUUCACAUUUCAGCGCUUUAUCUGUACGCCAAUUUACAAGUUGCUUGUUUGCUACAACCAGUCUCACUAAUAGAAGCGGAUAUUUUUCCAAGAACAUCGCAUUAUCCUGUAAUCAGUAGAUAUCUAGUUUCGAUCAGUGAAGAUCAUGUUGAGAUUUUACAUCUCUUCCUAGAAAUAGUUUUGAAGGCAAAUGAAGCACAGCCAGCUAAUGUUCUCAUCGAAAUUGCUUGUUUGAUCUUGCACAGUGGAAGUGGAAAUUUAGGUCACAAUUAUCAUGCGGUUGUGGCAUCUUUAGAGCGUCAUUUGAAUUCCAUUUCUCGGAUAACAGUGUGUGCAAAACUUUCGGAGCUUUACAGUCUGAUACUGACUGAUAUGGAAAGAAAGAAAUGUUUAGAACGAUGUAUGGAGCAUUUUGACAAUCGUGAUGAGUUACAGGUUCAAGUCCCAUGGCUUUGUGCAUAUUUAGCAACUCAGUCACAGGCAGACUUAACUACUGGAGAAUUCAAUAGAAUUAAAGAUUACUUAGUGAACGUGAUCGAAAUAUUUUCUACUCAGCAGCACUCUGAAGCAGCUUGUGGUUCGUUGGCAGAAUUAUUGAGAAGAGCUGUUUUCAGUUUCAGAGAAACAGAGAAGACUAACUUAUUAUCAUCAAUUUCGGAUAAUCAAUUUUAUUCGCUCUGUAAAUUGCUGGGAAAGAUAGCAACAUCUCGAAAGGAUACUUUAACAUCAAAAAUGAAAGAAUCAGCUGUGCAGUGUCUUGGUUUUCUUUCAUUACAUAAUUUGCCAACUAUUUUAUAUGAAAAAAUUUUGGCUCAGUUAUUUGCAUGUGGUGAGAUUGCUACCCAACCAGAACUGCAGUUUACAGUUGGCAGUGCGCUUUUUGACGCUGCUUUCGGGGAAAGUUCUCCAUCACGUAGAAAUAUUUUCACCGAAACAGAAGAAUUUUUUCUGGAAAAGAACUUAUCUGUUGAUGGACGGGACAGUAUUGAGAAGAAAGUAGCGAAUUUAUUGGAAAUUCUGAAUAUUAAAUUACAUCACGUGAAUCGCCAUUUGCGUCAAGCUGCGCUUGUUUGGUUGUUUACUUUGGUGAAACGAUGUAGUGCCAUGAAACUUGAUUGCAUAAUGAACAGUUUAUGCUCUAUUCAAUAUGCUUUUAUCAAUGGCUUAACCGAAACAAGCGAAUUCUCGCAAGAAGUUGCAAGCGAAGGACUUGGUAUCAUCUUUGAACUAGGCUCGGAAAAUCAAAAGAAAGUAAUGGUUGAAGAAUUGGUUAAUACACUCUCAGCUGGUCGAAAACAAAUCAAUCCGGUUGCACCAGACACCCUCUUGUUCUCGAAGGGUGAAUUGGGUAGUUCACCGAUGGGGGAAAAUUUGACAACCUAUAAAGAACUCUGCAAUUUGGCUACGGAUUUGAAUCAGCCGGAUCUCAUAUACAAAUUUAUGCAGCUUGCAAAUCACAAUAUUUUAUGGAAUUCCAAGAAAAUAACUUCCAGUUUCAGUAUUAUAAUGCAACAAGAAAAAGGUGCAAUGGAACCAUAUUUGGCUCAGUUGGUACCAAAACUUUACAGAUAUCGGUAUGAUCCUGAUUUGAAAGUCCAAGGCGCCAUGAGGUCAAUUUGGCAAGCAACCACAGUUUCUAAAAAAAAUGUGAUUGAAGAAUAUGCAGACGCUAUUUUCAAAGAACUUAAAUUAACCCUUACGGAUCCUCAGUGGCGAACGCGUGAAUCGAGUUGUUUGGCAUUAGCAGACUUUCUCAGUGCACAUUGCACUAAUGAAGUAGUGGAACAUUUUGGUGAGCUUUUCGAAAUAUUGUAUCGAGUUCAGGAUGAUAUAAAGGAAUCAGUUCGAGUAGCAGCAGGACGUACUUUGUCAAGUCUCAUUAAAAUUACGCUACGCAAAUGUUCUUCAUUUAAUGGCGCUAAAGCUACUCAAUUGCUUGGAAUGGUACUUCCAGUUAUUGUUGAGAAAGGAGUUAGAUCGAGUGUCAAAGCUAAUAAAAUAUUGAGUCUAAAAUUGAUCAUGGACAUUGCAAAGGAAGCUGGUUUGGCACUACAACAACAUGUAAAUACAAUAGUGCCGUGCUUGCUAGACUCAUUGAGUGAAGAAGAGUCAACGUUUCUGAAUUAUCUUGCUGCUAGAUCAAGUUUAGAUGAACUGGAAGUGCUGGACUCGGCCCGUACGUCAAUGGCACAUGGCUCUCCAAUGAUGGCUGCUCUUCGUUGUGUUGUCCCUGUUGGCGUGACGACACGUACAGGAUGUUGUCAAUUUAUUAUCGAUUUGUGCCUUCAGCGUCAGGAACUUCUGUUGUCUUGUCGAUCUUCAUGUGAUAAAAUGAUACGAGUUCUUCUCACUGGCUUAAAUGAUCGUAAUCCAGUAAUUAAAAAACAGUUUGCAUCUUGUUUAUCAUAUUUACUGCCUUUCUGUUCAAGAAAAGAAGUAAAUCGAAUUCUGGAUUACAUAAAACAAAAAAUGCAAAAUGAACAAGAUGAAGAAAAAGUGACAGUAUUGCAUCUUCUACGCUUUUUAUCAAGAAAUACUGAAGUUCUUUCUGAGUUACUAACUGUCAUUGUUCCAUUUAUAUUUCUUUAUAAAUGCCAGGAAGUUGCUAAAAAUGAUGAGGCAGGGAGAAAGAGGAUCGAGAUGUGGGAUGAAUUAUGGUCCGAGUUGGUUCCAGACACUUCAUCUGCUAUUCGUUUAUAUCAUAAGGAAAUGGUCGAGGUAGCUUUAUUUACACUAAACACAAGUCCUGUUUUUGCGAUGAAAGCACAAGCAGCAAAGGUACUUGCAUCAGUUGCCGAAUCUGGUAUUCUCAAUGAUGACGUUGACUGUAUUGAAAUGCUCUAUGAUAAUUUAACAAACGCAUUACGUGGCCGAAUAUGGGAUGGUAAAGAAAAGUUAGUUGAAGCUAUCAGAGCGUUAUUAUUUUCGGCAGGAAAAAAUUUGGCUUCAAAGUGGGAUGAAACUACAGUUGAAAUGAAAUUUUUGCCUUUAUGGGGACAAUGUAAAAAAAAAAGUGAGAAAUAUGCUGGAGAAGCUAUUCUGUGUGCUGCUAUGUUUUGCGAAAUGACUGGUUGUAGAAAAAUUGCUCAACAAAUGAUGUCCUAUAUUUGUGAUGUCAUAAAUUAUAGUCAUUCAAAUAUUAUCAGCGAAGGAGAAAGUGAAAGUCUGAAAAAUUAUGAUUAUCUAAUGAAGAUUGUGCCAGCAAUUGCUCAUUUGUUACUGUCAUUUCACGGAGCCGAAUUGUUUCGUUGCAUGGAGCAAGUAGUCGCUUUGUUGAAGUCUGAUACAUUUUGGAAAGUGAAGCAAGCAUUUAUUAUCGAAUUACCCCAUUUCAUUGAAAGAUGUUCAUCUCAUAUUGAUUUCACCGCUCUGUUUGUGGUUGUUGGUUCGCUUCUGGUUGAAAAUGAUGUUUCGCAACGGCAUACGUUUGCUCAACAAUGUUGCGUCGUUCUAGAAUAUAUCAUUAAGCGAGCACAGAACAAAAAAUGUAUUUUGUUGCUAUACAAGCACAAAGAUACCGUGGAAACACUAAAGAAAAUAACAGUCGUGAAAUCAUCCGCAGUCGUGAAAUCACUUGACAAAUUAUUGAAGUAUGAAUAA